CCCUUUCUUUCCUUGCUGUUAUUUAGCGAAGAUACUUUCUUAUUUUUAGCUUCGCACUUGUCUGAAUCACACCAGAGACACUUUCUUCCGUCAAAUGUCUUCUCGCCGGAGAGUUCUUCUGAAGGUUAUCAUCCUCGGUGAUAGCGGGGUUGGCAAAACAUCGUUGAUGAAUCAGUUUGUGAAUCGCAAGUUUAGUAAUCAGUAUAAAGCUACCAUUGGAGCUGAUUUCUUGACCAAAGAGGUUCAAAUCGAUGACAGGAUCUUCACUUUACAGAUUUGGGAUACUGCUGGGCAAGAAAGGUUCCAAAGUCUGGGAGUAGCUUUCUACAGAGGAGCUGAUUGUUGUGUUCUUGUUAACGAUGUCAAUGUUAUGAAGUCUUUCGAGAAUCUUAAUAACUGGAGGGAAGAGUUCUUGAUUCAGGCUAGUCCAUCAGAUCCUGAGAACUUCCCGUUUGUCGUGUUGGGGAACAAGACCGAUGUUGACGGUGGCAAGAGCCGAGUGGUUUCUGAGAAGAAAGCAAAGGCAUGGUGUGCAUCUAAAGGAAACAUUCCUUACUUUGAGACAUCCGCCAAAGAAGGAUUCAAUGUAGACGCGGCUUUCGAAUGCAUCACCAAGAAUGCCUUCAAGAAUGAACCUGAGGAAGAACCGUACAUGCCUGACACCAUUGAUGUUGCUAGAGGCCAGCAACAAAGAUCAACAGGGUGCGAAUGCUAAAUCAAGUUUGUUGAUAUACUCUUCUAUAAAGUUAAUCUCAGUUCAUUGAUUCACAGAUUUUAAAGGAUUUGGUUUCCUUUCUUAUCCAAUUCCAUACAAUAUUAAAAUCAUGUAAUGUCACAAAACUCUCUUCUAUAAGCUUUCUAUCUCUC